AAGGCUUGUUUUCACUUACGCUGGAGUGGUAAUGAUAAGGAAAUUGUGCCAUUAUCUCGAUGGAAUUGGAGUCGGGGGAAUUGGAAUGUUUCCACUUUCUUUAGGGAUCAACCGAGUCCAAGAGUAAGGUUGUCCUGAAGCGUACGCCACAAUGUUCGAGAUGUAUUAUGGGAAAUGGCAGAAGGAAACAACAUAGACUACGAGCAGUCUCUCUUUUAUUCGAAGAUCCGUGUGGGGGAAAGAAACACGAACGAACGAGAACAGGCGGAUCUUCAAUCAAGUUUGUUUUUCCUUCAUUAUAUUCUCGCCGAGACACUCUGAACCUCAGAGCAACUUCCUUGUGUACAGGCCCCGCCGACUAAGAGGGACCGGGCUCUGGGGUCCAGAAUGAAACAAAACUUACCCUGUCCACCCCUAUCAACAGGGAUUUUUCGCUUAUUUCCGGGCGACAAGACACUCGAGGCACUCAACACUUCUUGCAAACAUCUCCUUAUGACAGCGGAAACCUAUAAAAUAUUUCUAUUUACAGCAAGCAGAGCUCGAGGAGCUGAUUUUCCAGCUUCUUUUCGCUGUUGUGUCGCCGGUUCCAGCAGGAAAUAGAGGCAGUUAUCUGUUCGUGUCAAUGCCCAUGAGUGUUCGCAGCCGCGUUCGGAAGUCCAUUUCAAAAUCUGUCAAAGGCAGUGCCUGUAAAUUUCGAUUUACGGUUACCUAUGAAUACGUCGACCUAAAAUGCAACAACAGAUGGCAGCCAACUUCUCUGAGUAUCGUUUGGUUCAGAAGUCACCGCUCCAAAGUGUCAGAGAAGCCCACAUCAAAAGUGUCUAUAACAGAUGAAAAGACAGGAACAGUCAGCUAUGCUGCCAACUGGUUCCCACCCAACUCUGUGGAGUUGGUUGUUACUCUGUACAAGGUAUACAAUCAUAAGAAAAUAGUAUAUAUCUUAGCUAUGGUAACAUUACGAUUUGUACACAAUUUCUUUUGAUAAGCAUGACAAGGCGCA